UUCACCUUGUUUGUUGGAUUAUUUAGUAGGACUUCAAGAAGAGGAAAAAAGAAUUACUGUGGGUUAUUGCCAUUAGCACAAAGCAAAACUUGCAUGUUUCAAACAUAUGGAAAACUAAAAUGAGACAUCGCGUCUAAAUAAAACGAGCAUAAACAAAGGGCGCCGUAGAAACUGCUACCCGUGUCCCGCAUGCUGGUUUUAGUGCAACGCAAGUGGUUGUCUGUCUACUUUGCACCAGUCUUUAUCUUUAUUGUAAGUAGAAGUCAUCGAAAUCCGGAAAAACCUUUGCCGAUUGGUUCACGCUGGUACCAGCUGAUGUCAUCAGCAUAUAUAAGUGAGUGAAAAUGCGUAAUGCGUUUUCAUUCAAAGUUGGGAAUGGCAGGCUGUUGAACUCCACGAUGGACUUCUAUCUACAACCAAUUAUUACGGUACCGGAAAGGCAGAUUGGGUGUUGAAACAUUUCACUUAGGACUUCAUGUAAGUACGCUUCAAGUGAACAGGUCAGUCAACUUCUUGCUUUUUCCUUGAUCAGAACUAACUUUGAAAGCCACGCAUAAUUAUUUCAUUUGUUUUAAAUAAGCUCUACAAGAGUAGCCUCCACCUGCCGACAUCGGUGAAGCGACCCUAGGGUUCCGUACUAUAUAAAGUCAAACAGUUGCAUCCCGGUUAUCAUCUUUUUCUUACCUGUCUUCAACGUUCUCCUAAAUAAGGCUAAACAUCAGAACAUGUUGCGUUUUUUUGUAAUUUUUGUUUUGGCUAGGUCGGUCAUGUCGUUCGACUAUUGUACCAUAAGCGCCCAGAAUACUAUGUGCAAGUAUAAGCCAACAUCGUAUGGAACUGCGUGUAUGAGAACCAUUAAGUUGAAUUUUACAGCUGCUGACAAAACAUUGAUCGUUAGCAUUCAUAACCAACUGCGUCGUCGAGUUGCUAAAGGAUUGGAAACCCGUGGAUCUCCCGGACCUCAACCAGCUGCUGCCAACAUGAGAGAAAUAACCUGGGAUGACGAAAUAGCUGUUAUGGCCCAGACUCACGCACAGCAAUGCGUCUUCACUCACGAUGCCGAUCGUAACGUUGCUCGCUUUAAAGUUGGUCAGAACUUGGCCAUCCAAUUUUCAACUAGAGAAAUGAAGACGGUUAACUGGACAAGUAUGAUUCAAAACUGGUAUAAUGAAGUAGCAGCCAUGAGGCAGUCUUACAUAACGUCCUUCCCUUCAAGUCCUGUCGGAGUAAUUGGUCACUACACUCAAAUGGUAUGGGCAACAACGUUCAAGAUUGGUUGCGGAAUCGUUUCUUAUUACGACACCAAAUUCCAACCGCGAUAUCCCUACAAACUAUUUUACGUUUGCAAUUACGCCGUCGCCGGAAAUUAUCUCUCUUCACCAGUGUAUAAAUCGGGCACGGCGGCCACGGCUUGCCCAGCUCCCACAGUACCCAAAGAUGGACUUUGUGCUUGAACAACCUAAAUCGUUUUGACGCUGAUCUUUAUUACGGAUGCUGGGUAUUCUAAUGGAAAACAUUUCUCACUGGGACAUUUAUAACAGGAUUUCGGUAGAACUUCAUUUAAUUCUCUUCAUUGUUAUUAUUGUUUUUAUACUUUUACUUUUCUAGUCAUUCUUUGUUUUUCAAAAAAUAAAAUUAACAAUAGCA